UGCAUAUCGCCGCGAUGCGUGACAUGCGUGUUAGACGCAUUUGCGAAGUCGGAUCGGAGUCGAGCGUGUCGUGAAGUAUUGUGGCUUCUUUUUCUACAAGGUAUUUCACGAUUUUUUCGCUCAGUUAGUGCUCUCUCGUUGUACACACGCGGGAUCGAUUCAGACCCUCGUGUCGACGACGAUUCAUGAAAGCGGUGACGAACGCUAGAUCCACCACCGCGUCUCGAUGUAACGACAUUUCCGGAAGGCGACUCGACGUCCGUUCGCGGAAUUUUUGGCACCGACCAGUCAUCGUUCAAAAGAACAUAUUUGACCAUGUCGAAAGAACAUCAGCUGCCUUCCGAUUCAGAUGAAGACGAUGAAGAUUAUGUUCCUGAUCGUGUUGAUAGUGACGUAGUAUCUGAAGUAGAAUCUGAAGGUGACGUUGAAAGUAGUCCAGAGGAUGAAAAUGAUGAGAAUAAAAGAGAAACUGGACAACAAAAAGGUAAAAAAAGAUCUAAGGUACGAAGAAGUGUAAAACGUAAAAAAAUUAUAGAAAAUAAAUCGAAAGUAUCAGAAGAUGAAAAAGAAGUGGAAGAAUGUAAAGAGACAAAAGAACUCACUGAAGAAGAAGAAAAAAAGAGAGCUGAUUCUCUUUGGGCUGAUUUCAUGAAAGAUACAGCUGUUGUGUCAAAACCAAAGCCACAAAAUCCAAUCAAUAGAUCAAAUGAAAGAUCACCACCAAUACAAAAAUCAAAAAUUCAAGAGAAAGUUAAAGUAACUAAAAUUUUUGAAUUUGCUGGUGAAGAAGUGAAGGUUGAAAAAGAAGUAUCGGUUGAUUCUGCAGAGGCCAGAUUAUCACUUUCCGCAGCUGAAAAUUCCACAAAAUCAUCAGACUCUGCAUUUGCAGCGAGCAAAGAACGAGGAAGAGGCGGCAUUAGGCGUGCCGGAUUAGGCGGCAUUUCUUCUGUUCUGGGACAGAUUGGGAAAAAAGCCAAAAUUAGUACAUUAGAAAAAUCCAAAUUAGAUUGGGAUAAUUUCAAGAAGCAGGAAAACAUAGAGGAAGAACUCAAUACUCAUAACAAGGGCAAGGAUGGAUAUUUAGAACGGCAAGAUUUCUUACAGAGAGCGGAUUUACGACAGUUCGAAAUCGAAAAACAAUUACGAAAUUCUAGCAGGCGCAGUACACGAUGAAUUCGCAUUUUCUGUACAUGUCUCUAUGUCUUUUUUCCGAUAUAGAAUCCUAAGAUAAUAAUCGCGGUAUAAGAUAUUUUCUCGCCGACUUGCCAAACUUGAGCGCUUGUUAUAUACAUUUAGCCUAAUUCAUUCAAGUUUCGCGCUAUGUUUUGAAUAAUAAUACGCAAAGGGAACAAUGUUGCCUCGUUCGAUUCGAUGAUAAACUGACUAUGCUACCGAUCGGCGGUCUCUUCGAGAACCGAUCAUUCCAGUGUUUCAGGACUAAUUUCUCAUGCAUACAUAAUGUAAUAGCUUAAUUUACUCUCAGCGAGCCUUUGCCUCGGCCUGAUGAUCACACAAAACUUCGCAUCGAAGCAAUAUGUUUGUAUUGAAGCUUUUGACGCUUCUUGGAAAGAUUUGUAGAACUAUGUAGAAUGUAUCCACCGAAUAUUUUUUUAUUUUGUUUCAGUGGGAACGCGCGAUAUAUUUGCAUGUGUAGUGUGAAUAUACAUAAUAGUCUAUAAUAACGAUUAAUCGGAAAUUACGAAUGAGUAUGAAGAAAUAUAUGUGUGUUUUAGGAAAUAUAACAUAAUGACACAUAAUGACAUUGAUUCAUGACCAUUGCCUUUUGGCAAUGUAUAUGAAAUACAGUACUGUAUUUAUAAAUGGACCUCGUAAUAAGUAAUGUAGAUUACAUUGAAGCAGUAACAGCGAAUUUUGUAUAUCACUGUUAUCUUAAGUUCUCAAUAGAUAAAAUGGUACACAUCAUUACUUUCAUACAAUGUACUAGAUAGCAAUAUCGACAUGUAAUGUAACACGUACAUAAACAUACACAAUAAUUCAAAUAAUAAUUCUCCGUUCAACUCAGGUUAAAUCCUUCCUUGAUGUACCGAAUUUGAAAUACAUUUUAAUGUAAUUUCACAUAGGAUUAUUUUACAUUUGUGAA